AGUGUUGUGCAAUGCAGUGCAACCCAAUCCAUUUUGUUGUUCAUCCCAAUUUUUGGUUGAAAAAAGAGAGUAAAACUGGAAGAAGCAGAAGAAGAGAGAAAAGGCAAAGAAAACAGUAAUACACAAAAAUUGCAGCAGCCGCCAUGGACGAGAGAAGGAGCGAUAAGCGAUACAAACUGAUGAAUUCACGAUAGAUAGAGAGAGAAGAGAAAGAUAUUAAUCAUGAAGAAAAGAAAGGGGAAGAACAACGGCUUGUUGCCCAAUUCCUUGAGGAUUAUCUCUCUGUGCCUCAAGACUGUGUCAACGAAUGCCACCACCGUUGCUUCCACCGUCCGCUCUGCUGGCGCCUCCGUUGCAGCUUCUAUUUCCUCUUCAUCUGAGGAUCACAAAGAUCAGGUAACCUGGGCUGGUUUUGAUACAUUGGAGCUUGAUCCAUCUAACUUCAGACGUGUUCUUUUACUUGGUUAUCUGAAUGGAUUUCAAGUUCUUGAUGUGGAUGAUGCCUCUGGCUUCAGUGAAUUAGUUUCAAAGCGUGAUGGUCCAGUUUCUUUUUUACAGAUGCAACCCUUCCCCAUUGGUUGUGAUGGCCAGGAGGGGUUUAGAAAGUCGCAUCCUUUACUGUUGGUUGUUUCUGGGGAUGACGCCGACAAUAUAAACCAGAACAAUACCUGUUUGAGUCCUUUAGGAAAGGAUGAUAAUGUUGAGACUCAACCUGGGAACAAUAUCAACUCUUCAACAGCUGUUCGGUUUUACUCCUUGAAGUCUCACUGUUAUGUUCAUGUUCUGAGGUUCCGAUCCACUGUGUGUAUGAUCAGAUGCAGUUCACGGAUAGUAGCUGUUGGUCUUGCCACACAAAUAUACUGCUUUGAUGCUGUGACUCUUGAGAAUAAGUUCAGUGUUCUAAGUUAUCCUGUUCCUCAGUUAGCUGGACAAGGAACAACUGGUGUUAAUGUUGGUUAUGGUCCAAUGACUGUGGGUCCAAGGUGGUUGGCAUAUGCUUCUAACAACCCCCUUCCCUCUAAUUUAGGUUGCUUAAGCCCACAAAACUGCAGUGCUUCUCCGGGAAUUAGUCCAUCAACUUCUCCAAGCAGUGGUAGUUUAGUGGCUCGUUAUGCAAUGGAGUCCAGUAGACAUUUGGCCUCUGGAAUAAUCAAAUACUGUCAAGAGCUACUUCCUGAUGGUUCAUCUUCUCCUGUAGCUUCAAAUUCAGGUGUGAAAGUCAACAGGGUUACAGGAAUUGAUGCAGAUAAUGCAGGAAUGGUAGUCGUUAAGGAUUUUGUUUCCAGAAUUAUUAUAUCACAAUUCAAAGCUCAUACUAGUCCUAUAUCUGCACUAUGUUUUGACCCUAGCGGGACCCUUCUGGUCACUGCAUCAGUCUAUGGGAAUAACAUUAAUAUAUUUCGGAUAAUGCCAUUAUUCACAAGCAAGUGUUCAGGCUUUUCAGGCUCCAACUGGAACUCUUCUCAUGUGCAUCUUUAUAAACUUCAUCGUGGAAUAACACCAGCGAUGAUUCAGGACAUUUGUUUCAGUAAUUUUAGUCAGUGGAUUGCAAUUGUCUCUUCCAAGGGUACUUGUCAUCUUUUUGUUUUGUCACCCUUUGGAGGUGAUACUGGUUUUCAAAUUAUUAGUUCUCAGGGUGAAGAACCGUCCCUGCGUCCUGUUUUUUCUCUGCCUUGGUGGUAUACUCCAGCUUCCAUUUCCUAUCAGCAAUCUUUGCCUCCCCCAGCACCUGUUGUCCUUUCUGUGGCUAGCCGGAUAAAAUAUAGUAGCUUUGGAUGGCUUAAUACUGUUCACAAUUCUGCUGCGAAUGUGACAGGAAAAGUUUUUGUGCCAUCUGGUGCCAUUGCUGCAAUCUUUCAUAAUUCCUUAUCUCAUUCGCAACAGCUUGUUAACUCGAAGGCAAAACCUUUAGAGCAUAUAUUGUUGUUUACACCUUCAGGUCAUGUAGUUCAACAUGAACUUCUGCCAUCUGUUGGUGGAGAAACAACUGAUAGUGGCUUGAGAAAUCAGUCAACUUCACUUCUGCAGGAGGAUGAGUUCAGAGUGAAAGUUGAACCUAUUCAAUGGUGGGAUGUAUGUAGAAGGUCAGAAUGGCCAGAAAGAGGGGAACCAUGCUGUAAUACCUUUGAUAGACAAGUGGGUAUGGAGAGAGUUCAAGAGAAAAUAGGUUAUAGUGAUAUUCAUGGAUUGGACUUUUUGGGUAUACAUGAUGGGCCAGGGGAAAAGAUUGUGAAAUCUUCUAGUGGGAAUAUGCAUGAAAGGUUUCGCUGGUAUCUGUCUAAUGCAGAGGUGCAAGUGAAUUUUGGAAGGUUACCCAUAUGGCAAAAGUCUAAGAUUUGUUUCUAUACAAUGAGAUCUGCAGCAGCUAGUUGGAGUGCUAGUGGGGAGUUUGAAAUUGAAAAAGUCCCUGCUAAUGAAGUUGAAAUAAGACGGAAGGAGUUGCUGCCUGUUUUUGACCAUUUUCAUAGCAUCAGAUCAAGCUGGAAUGCGAGAGGCCUUGCUGGGGGAAGAUAUUUAUGUCCUACAUCUCCUGUUCCCAAUCAGGCUGAUGACAAGGAAACUGCUGAUGUGACAGUUAUUUGUCAUUCAAAGCCAGCAUCACUGAGUUCGACUGAAAGCUCUGAUGGAGGUUCAUCAAGAAGAAUUGAAAAUCUGCUUGACUUGGAUCAAGUUGCUUCUAGUUAUCAAAUGCUUGGUGAGAUAUGCCUGGAAAAAAUGGGAACAAUCAGUGUUGAGCCUUCUCUGCAAAACCAGAUUGUGAUGGAAAAUUCAUCAUGUCUAUCUGGAAACUCAAAACAUGUUGAUUUUAACGUUGACCAUAUUGACAGUCCUAUAUUUCUUGAAAAUAUCAGUUCUGAAAGAACAGAUUCUAUAGGUGUUGGGAUCGAUGAGAACUCAGCAUUGGUCCUAGAACAUGCUUCAGACGAGACUGAAUUUGUGGAAGUAGCCUCGACUAUGCAAAAUGAAUGUCUUGGGAUAUCUCUCAAGGAUGGCCACUGCACAACACAGGAGCAUAGUGAAGUGUUAACUGAAGUUGUAACUGAUGAUGUUGACAGCGGCAGCAGCCACCAUGAAAGAGAGCGACUGGAGGAAGAGGGGGAGAAUGAUGAAAUGUUUGGUGGCAUAUUUACCUUUUCCGAAGAAGGUUGAUUAUCACAAUUGAAGAAUAAGUUGCAGCACCUAUGAGGUCAUCUCGUCAUCUGCGCUGGCUGGAAUCUUAGCUAGGAAAUAUUAAAUCAAUGUAAAUAUUGUGAAUAAGAAAUGGUAUGAGCAAAAUAUUAGAUUGAUUUGUUGCUGAAUUGUGCGGUUUCCAUCGGACUCUCAACCUUGUACAUUUUGUCGAUGGAAAUUCAUGUAUUCAGGGGCUUGCUAACUUUGGGGCCUACAGUGUGGAAAGUUCUGGGUAAAGGUAUUUUGAGCUUGCAUUCAGUCGUAAGCUGGUCAUUUAUCAAUGUUCUGUAAAUAUGAAUCAGGCAUGGAAUUCCCUUUUAAGUCGUGUACAUUUUUAUUUUGAAUUUGGCAAAAGAGAAGAAAUGAAAGAUGAAUAACUAAAUUAUUAGUGUGUUUAA